AUGGCGGGGCAGUGGCGGGGCGCAGGGCCCCUCUGGGCUAUGGGCGGCGCCGCGCUGGGGGUCUGCUUCGUGGGGGUCGCCGGGCAGCUGGUAGAGCCCAGUACAGCUCCGCCCAAGCCCAAGCCGCCCCCACUGACCAAGGAGACUGUGGUGUUCUGGGACAUGCGCCUGUGGCACAUAGUGGGCAUCUUCUCGCUCUUCGUGCUUUCCAUCAUUAUCAUCCUGUGUUGUGUCUUCAACUGCCGAGUGCCACGGACCCGGAAGGAGAUCGAAGCCCGGUACCUGCAGCGGAAGGCUGCCAAGAUGUACACGGACAAGUUGGAGACUGUGCCACCCCUCAAUGAGCUCACAGAAAUCCCUGGAGAUGAUAAGAAGAAGAAGGAGAAAGGCAGUGUGGACACAGUGGCCAUCAAGGUAGAGGAGGAUGAGAAGAAUGAAGCCAAGAAGAAGAAAGAGGAAAAAUGA